AGAGGUUGAGUGGGAAGAAGGGGGGGACGAAAAGUAAGUAUGGAAUGAGUGAAGGUGGUAACGUGGAGGGAGGAGAGGUAGUCGCGUGUAGGGAGCAAUGCGGUGGAAGCGCCUCUCGCGGUAAACCGGCGAAACUAUACUCGCGGAAAUAAUUAUCGCGAUUUAUGUUAUUUGCAAAUACGAACGGGGAUUAAUUAAUCGCGGUAACAUGUCGAAUAGGAACGAUUAGGGGGCGAACGGGUGUUGUCGCCGUUGGCACCUAUCUGUCGAUAGUGCGAGUGAAAGGAGUUGGCUGCCCGGUGCGGGAAUGGACUUGGCAGAAACUAUGAAAAAUAUUGUCGCCAAAGGUAUGCAAACAGAGAUGGGUCCACCGGGUGGAGGUUCUGGAUACCCUGGUAACCCAAGCAGUGCAGGAUAUGUAACAGAGAAAACAUAUAUGUUAAUUCAAGCAUAUUUGCAAACUAAAAGUUGGAAUCCUAGCAUUGAAUUGUUACAAUGUAUAGCCGAAUAUAAGGAUGGAUCUAUAAUACCAAGUGCUGCGUACUUACAAAUGAUGGCAUCUAGAAUGGCAGUGGAUUCACAAGGAAGAUUGGUUUUGAGAGAAAAUGGGAAAAUAAUAUUACCUUAUGAACAUUUUGCCAAUGCUGUGAUGAUGAAACACAUAACUGGGCCACAGGGUAUACAUUUGGGACUCGAGGGAACAGUUAGGGCCGUUAUGGAAUCUUAUACAAUUGGACGAGAAUAUUUUGGAAUGGAGAAGGAAUUUAUCAUUGAGGUUGUACAAAAUUGUCCAAAUCCAGCUUGUCGGUACAAGAAUCAAUUCGAGAUGCAAAAGAUGGGCCAUAUGGCACCUACGUAUAUUCAAGAAAAUGAAGCUACAACAUCCCUCUUACGUACAGGUUUUCCACAUAAUACAGAUUUUCAACCAGCAUUAAGCGGUGCUAAUCCUAAUACACACUUACCCAUUGGGACCGGUGCAGACAUGUCAGAAAUGAGAGGUGGUGGGAACCAAAUGAAUAUACAACGUCCACCGAGCCGUCCAUCUUUAAAUAUUCCACAUCGGCCUGUGUCUCAAGAAAAAAAAGUAUCAACCAAUAAACAGCAUUAUGAAUCACUAAUAUCUAAUAUUCCUAUAUCAGAUCACAAAUUAACAGAAUUUUUACGAACAAAUCUGGAUAAUUUGGACAGCCUUAGUGGACUUGGGCUAGGUAAUCUUCAAAGUUUAAGCAAUGCAAAUAAAGAUCUGUUAGCUUUACAUAAUGGUGCUUGGUCGUUAGAAAAUGAAAAGGGUUCACGUUCGGGUUCUUCUAACUUGGAAGUUGGACAAGAAAAGAUAAUUAGAGCUUAUACAGAAGUUAUAAAAAACACGGCCAGGAUGAAGGCUUGUAUACGUCCUGCAAUGUGCAAACCAUAUGGAAAACAAUCUGAAGCAUUACAAAAAACUUUGGUCGAUACGAUACAGCUUGUACAAUCUCUGAGAAGUAUUAUACCACCACCUAUUAUACCAAUUGUGAGCUGGAAAAAUGAAGAUAAACAUCGGUUAGAUCAUACCAGCACUCCUUAUCUUCCGGCAUUAAAAGCUGGUGGAUUAGAAGAAUUAUGCGAACAGCGCAAGCUAGACUAGAUUAAACAGUUUUAGCUUAAAUAUUAUAAGACCAAUGUUUCGUCUUUGCGCUCUAUGGUGUUCUAGUCAGAAAGUGUAUAAUGAUAAUGGGUUGUUUAAUUUAUUAUAAACAACCCAAAAAGGAUUGCUCAAAGUUGUUGGCAUUUAGGACUUUCAAAUACUAAGAGACAAAACGAGUCAUGCGUGGACUGUGAUAAACGUGGGUAGCAAAGAAAUUUAUAUGUAGAAAUGAGAAAUCACUCACGGCGUUAAAUUAGAAAUUCAGGUUUAGCGUUAUAUUGUUAUUAUCAUUUGAUUUUACGUUUAAAAAUUUUACCUAUGGAGCUUAUAUAAAAUCGAAUCGGUUAUGUUCACGUCUAUUUAUAGUUGAUAUUGUAGAAUUAUUUUAAUAACUCGCCACUUGUGUUCCAAUGAUUACCUGAUUAAAAAUAUAUUACAGUUUUCUAAAAAAAAAAAAUGUUCUACAUAUAUGUAUUAUCAUUAUUAUCUAUACAUUUAUGGAUUUAUAAUUAUGUAAUCGGUGCAAGGAUAUAGACAUUAAUUGAUCUUUUUGUAAAUUUAAGAUUUUAGAAUUCGUACGAUCGGACAAAGAUUACAAACACGAUGAUGCAUUGGAAGCUUUAAAGCACAAAGAAGGAAUUGUGAUUCCAUAAAUACUCAUUGUAUUAUUUACAUUUUGUACGUUUGUUAAACUUAGUAAGAAAGAGAGAGAGAGAGAGAGAGAGAGAGAGAGAGAAUGUGUGUGAGAGAGAGAGAGAGAGAGAGAGGGAGGAGAGAAAGAGAAAAGAAUUUAUUAUUUAUGUUAUAUAAAAAUGAAAAAGAGAGAUCUGAUCGAGAGUUCAACGUUCAUGAUUAUUAACUAAAUACGCAUCUUUGCUUUCUCUCGAAAGGUGCAUUUGUUUUAAUAUUUAUUUGUAGAUUUAUAAAGAAAAACAUAUAUAUUGUUGUUAUUUCUAGUUUUAUUAAUUAUAAAUGUCUACAAUCUAUGUAUAAGAGGAAUUAUAGGUAAUAACGCGAGACAUAUAUAUAUAAGUUCCAUAGGUAAAAAAAAAAAAAAAAAAAAAAAAAAAAAAAAAAAAAAAAAUAAAAAAAGAAAAAAAAAAGAAAUAAAAAAAAAACGUGUGACAUGUGCGUUGCACGCAUUAGACUUGAUUAAAAAAAAAAAAAAAAAAAAAAAAAAGAAAGAAAGAAAAGAAAAGAAAAAAGAACAAACGAAACCGAUAAAUAUUUGUUGAAUGAUAAAUUAUUUCGUUAUUAUACGAUAACAUCGAAGGAAAAUAAAUUCUAGUUGUGUCUUUAAAAUUGUGGUUGGCGUCGACGUUAAAUCAUCAUUUUUUAUCAUGUAUAUGGAAUAUUGAUUAGGAACUUUUUUACCUCUGUCGAUCGAUACCACAAUGUAAUUUAUAAAAAAAAAAAAAAAAAAAAAUUAGCUCCUUUCAUCAAAUAAUAUUUUUCAUUAGAUUUCGUUGUUGAUAAAAAAAAAAAAUAAAAAAAAAAAUAAAAAAAAAAUAAAAAAAAGAGAGAGAGAGAGAGAAAGAGAAUGUGUGUGUGUGUGUGUAUGUGAGAGAGAGAGAGAGAGAGAGAGAGAGAGAGAGAGAGUGGGAGUGAGGGAAAGUAAUAGUUCGAAAUUUCAUCGUUAUAAACGCAUUUCUACGACGAUGGUGAAAUGUUUCCUUCUCUUUCUUAUUAAUAUUUAAUAUUAAAUAUUAUAAAUGUGUAUACACACGAUUAUAUAUAUAUAUAUAUAUAUCUGUGACGACAAGUGGAGUGAGUGUGAUGAAAGAUUUGUUUAAGCGUGUGCGUGGUCGAUGAGCGUUAAUAACUUUGGCUAUAAAAUAGCAAAAUUUUAUAUGGACGCGUAUCUAUAUAUUAUAACUAUCGAAAUACUAAUGUUUUUUUUUCUUUUUUUUUUUUUUUUUCCUCUAAUUACGUUCACACGAAUGUGUCUUCUGCAUUUGCAGCUACUAAUAUCGUGCCGAUCACGCUGUUUAUUUACAUUGUUUAUACUUUCAUCAAUAUCAAGCUGCGCUAGUUUAAAAUACGAAAUGCUGAACAAACAACGACGACGAAUUGCGUAGCGUCGAUCCCACUUAUCAUGUAUUUCCGGAUUAAAAAUAGAUGGACUCAUUUCUCUCGUAGUAAUUAUUAUAAAAGAAAAAUGAUGAAAAAAUUGAAUAAAAAAGAAAAAAAGAAGUAUAUAUAUAUAUAUAUAUAUGUAUAUAUAUAUAUAUAUAUAAUCAAAAAAAAUAAAAAAAUAAAAAAAUUAAUAAAGAAAUAAAAAAAUACAAAAAAGAAGAAAGAAAACGACAAAAAAAGAAAAAGAAGGAGAAGAAAAAAAAAAGGAACAAACACGCAAACUUCGUGACCGUUUGUCUUGCUGUCGAAGAUUAUCGACAUAAUUAAGCAUAUCCAUGACUAAGUCUUCGCAACUAUACCAAAUUGAGAACAAAAAAAAAAGGAAGAAAGAAAAAGGGAAAAAAGAGGAAGGAAAGGAGCAUCCGUAAGGUAUAUAUAUAUAUAUAUGUAUAUAUAUAUAUAUAUAUCUGAGUAAUCGUUCAAUCGAAAUCUAGAACAUUGAAACGACCUAUAUAAAUCUCAAUGUGUAUUAGGUUCCUCAGUGAUAUAUAUACAUAUAUAUAUAUAUAUAUACCUAUCCGAAAAAGCGUAUUGUUCUUCUCUAUCGCGUCGUUUUAUCGAUACCGUAAUUCGCAUACACGUUACAACGCACACUCUAACUUUGACAGUAAGAUGAUUGUAAAUUGCGCACCGUUGUCAGUCGAUCCGGUAUUACCAAGCCCCGGAGGACACGAUCAACGAUAUCGUGCACCAAACGCUAUCUCGCCUGUGUCUGCACACUAAGCUCUCGUUGUCGCUUGCCAGUAUUGCUCCUCUGUACUCUCGCAUUAUUCUAUUCCAUAACUACUGCGAUUAUUAAAGUUUUUACAAGUGUGA